GCAACGCGUGCAGCGUAUAAGAGGUUGCCAGGGCGCGCGGCACGUCAAUCGGAUACAAACCUGAUCCGAUUUUAAGUCGAUUUUGUUUUAACGACUCAUGAACAGUCAUGAAACGGCUAUGUUUGUGUGAAAUCUGCGAAUGUGGACGCCACCGUUGCAAACAUCUGCCCACGGCACUCUUCACCAAGGGCAACCAGGGCUGGGCAGUGAGUGAGUAUAAUGAAAAAUACCCAACCUACAAAAACUGUCAUCCACCCAAGAUUCUUAAGCCCAAACCGGAAAUAAAGUGUAACUAUGGACCGAUGGAGGGAACCACCACAUUUAGGUCCCAUUUCAUUCCAUAUGAAGUGAGCCCACGACCUGAAAUAAAAAGGCCAAAAUACCAACCUAGCCCAGGAGUGAUUGACUUUGGCAGCACAUAUAAGCAGGAGUUUGGUCCAUAUCAGCUUCAGCCUGUUUUACCAUUUCGCCCAAAGGAGAGGAAACGAGGUACUGAUGUGAAGGCGGACACACUACCAACUUAUAAAGACCAUUUUCGUCAGUGGGCGAUUACCAGGCAGGAGCCCCACACACCUAAAAUGUCCUUCCCUAUCCCAACUGCGAAGUACCAAAAUACCACAACAUACCAUGACGAGUUUAUCCCACUAGGUCUUGUUCCAUGUGAGAGCUUCAAGCCUUCCAAUAUCCCUAAGUUGUCUGAUGUUCCUUUUGAAGGAGUGACCAGUAAUCAGCUGCAUUACAUCCCUCACCCACUGAAUGUGCAUUUCGUCAAGGCUCCUCAUGAGUUCAAACCCAGUGACCAGCCUUUCCAAAACUUCACAUCACACCGGCACGACUACCAAGGACUGCCAGGCCAAAUGCCAAAGAGCUGCAAACCAGAGCAUGUGGCAAUAUCUCAGGAUACACCAUUCCAGAGUAGCACUGAGUUCCGAGAUCGCUUUCUGCCGUGGCCCGUGACUCCCAUACAGGUGCACAAAACACCAGAGUACAAGAGUCCUACGGAGCGAAUGGAUCUCAGGACUACAACCGGCACAAACUUCCUAAAACACCAAAUCCAGCCAUUCAUUCCCGCCAGGCCGCCCUACAGGCCAGUUUGUUCUUCUCAUCCUUUUGAAGGCACCACUACUACGAAGGAAGAUUUUAAAGCCUGGAAAGGCGAGCGUCAAGAAACGAUCCGCCAACCCUCGGCAAUCCAGUUACCCAGUGGGAAGAUGGAGGAUGUGAGCACAUUUAAAUCGCACUACAUCCAGCACCAACUGCAGCCUACUGUCAGCUGCAAGCCGCUCCCUGCACCACAGUGCAGCAAAGUACCAAUGGAUGAAGAAACCACAUACCGCACCCAGUUCACACCUAAAAAGAUCAGCAUGUGUCCAGCGAGCAUGGAUCCAAUGCCAGGGUUUGUCUUCGAGAAGGUUGACGACAGAGGUCACAGGUUGUUCCGUGAACUGAGCUCCCAGGAGCAGAAGUCCACAAGUGCCAGAAAUGCAGGCUUCUAAAGCAGUGUUUGUGAUGUGUUAAGAGUUUCAACAAAAGAAAAUCUCAUAUA